AUGGAUGCUAGUACCUCUAGCAAGAGACGAGUAGAAGCCCCAGGAGAGGGGGAGAGCAGCGUCAAGAAUCAGAAUGUCACCAUGGGGAUGGACGCCCUCGACUGCCCCGUCUGCUUUCAUCCCCUCCGACCUCCCAUUUACCAGUGUUCUGUGGGGCAUUUCAUAUGCUCGUCUUGCCGUCCCAAGCUCAUGCACAACAAUUGUCACUUAUGCUCUGCCGAAACUACCUUCAAGCGCUGUUUAGGGAUGGAACGUCUCAUGGAAUCAGUCAUGGUCCCUUGCUCCAAUGCAAAAUAUGGAUGCGCAGAGAAGCUCACCUACUACCAGAAGGAAGGACACGAGAAGGCAUGCCCGAACGCCCCAUGCUUCUGCCCGGAGUUGAACUGCGGCUUUGCGGGGCCAACGGCCGCCCUUCUUGACCAUUUCACCUCCAUGCACAAGCGGCCGCCUACGACCAUCAGAUACUCCAGGAAGCUUGAGUUCCACGUACAACCAGGCUUGCACGUUCUCUGUACCAAAGACAAGCAGAUUUUGUUGCUCAAUGUUGUAGUAGAGCCAUUUGGGCAUGUCAUCUCUGUCGUCUGUGUCCAACCUGAUGGUGUCCGACCUAAAGCUGCAAAUUCCAAGUUCAAAUGUCAAAUGUCCUACCACUGCUCAAUGACCGCAGAAAGGACAGCCCAGUUCUCGAUUGUGUUAGAUCUCCCUCAACACACACCAGGUUGA